GCACUGCAGGACCAGUUUAGAUUCCGUGUUGGCAGUUUUGUGCUAUACUCAUUAGAAAUGAUACUAGCAGGACUUAUUGCAAUUUUAAAAGACCACCCAUGGCGUAGUUACGUGAUGGUCAACCUUGUUCUUGUUGUUUUAGAAAAACUUGUUGAGCAAGACUUUGUGUGCCCUUGUGAAGUUGCAUGGACAUUUUUCCUUUUUUACUUGACGAUGCCUCUGCUUCUUGCUAUUAACUUUGGCACUUACUUGUGGAAGUCCAACCUCUGGUCUGAUUCUGAAACUCCACAGCAUCAGAAUGGUUCCAAAUGCAGUUGUAGAUGCUGUGUGAAAUUUAUGACCUGUACAGUUCCAUCUGUUUUUUGGCUGGUCUUGUUCUUUGCUGAUGGCAGAUAUGUGUCCUGUUUGAUAACCGCUAACCACACUGAGUGUGACUCAACAAAGAAUGUCAAGGAGAACUUUGCAAUUUACAUACCUAAGAUUACAAUUUUUAGUUUCAUUGCCAUCACCUUGAUAGUAGCACUGAUUGCUCAGUGCUAUGGCAGACGCUGUGGCAGAUGCUGUGGGAGAUGCUGUGCUGGAUGUUGUGUUGGAUCCUUUGGUGGAUGCUGUGAAGCAUACUUUGAAGAAUGUCUAGCCAGCAGAUUGAAAUGUGUGGCAAAACGCUCGACAUUCAGGGCCGAGAGUUUCAUGAUGGUGGAUGGCGUGGUGGAUGUUCAGUCAUCUAAACAAAUUGCUGACUGCGCUCUCACUGAUGGGCAAAUGCUCAUUGUGGCCCACCUGGAGAAUGAAGACUGCCAACAGAUUGAUGAAAAUCAGUCAUACUACAUCAGAAAUUACCGUCUAACUCAACAAAACAACCAGAUGAAGAUGUUCUUCAGUCCUUUAACCACAGUUUACAAGACAACAUCAGAAAUCUUUGUGUCUUCCGAAUUAGAGGAAGAAUGCAAACAUGCCAUCUGCCCCCCUUCCAAGGAGGAUAAGAAACCAGAGAGGUGUAAGGAGUACUACACUCUUCAAGGGAACAUUAUCACAAUGAGUACUGUACAGCUGAGACAAACGAAGCAUGGACCGGUGCCCGUCUUGGAUGUGUCACUGCAGUGUGAAGGGGGACAAUUUGAAGUCUACCUGUGGAGAGAGGUGGCCCUCACCGAACUUAGCCUUGGUAAACCAUGGAAAAUUACUCAUCUACUCCUGAAGCCUGAGGAGGAAGGAUGUUUCAACUCAACAGCAUAUACUACACUUGAGAAACCUGAGAUCGCCGAUAAUACCACAGAAGUGGAGAUUGUCGGUUUCUCCAAAAGCAUCACUAAUGACACGAGGAUCUUUACCUCCAGCAUGAAGGUGUUUGUGAUUCCGGCGGCUGUACAGAGAGACGAUGUCAAUUCAAUAGUCAAUAAUUUGCCACACAAAGUGUCCAUUAGUUUUAAAGCAGGAGAAAUUAUUUCAGUGAGAAGUCUAUUAUCACCUGGGCAUUGAGGAAAUGUUAUGUUUUGCUCUAUUUGUUAUGCUAUGGCCCAUGUGGUUGAAAUUCAUACCUGUUUCUGCUUACUCACAGCCAUUUGUACCCAUUGUAGUAAUAAAACUUUUGAUAAAUACUGCAUACAAUAUCUACAAUGCGGUGUCCAAGCAUUUUGAUCUGCACUGCCGAACUGGAGCUAUACUGAGCUGAAUGGAGUUCUUUGCCUGCUCUCUACACAGCAUUUUGGUUAAAAGAAAAAAAAAAAUCACACAAAAACAGUAUUUUGUCAGUUAUCAGACAAAAUGUAUUUUGAAUAUGUAGUUUUUCUAAAGUGUAAACUGAUAAAAGCGAUAUCUAAUGUAAUGUAAUUUCUAAUUUGAUUUGAAUUUGUUGAUUCUCUUUUAAAUCUAUUGUUUUAAUCUUGCUUUAAUCAUGUUUUUAAUUUAACCUUUUCUUUUUAAAUGACUAUUUUCUCCUUUGUAAAGCACUUUGAAUGACAGCAGUGUAUAUAAGGUGCUAUAUGAAUAAACUUACCUUGCACAUUAUUUGAUUAA